AUGCGCUCGGUUAUUUAUCUGUGUUUUAUUACAACCGUCUAUUCGGCGUGUCCACAAGUCUCUAAAUUCUACGUCAAUUGUGGAAGUUCGUUGUUAAUCAAUGAAACGGUGGCGUUUUGCAAUGGUCGGGAAAUGUCAAUAUUGAACUUUACCAAUUCAUCCACAACAACACUAGCAAUGUUAGCAGCUGAUAUUAUUGAAUUAAAUAAUACAUUAGUAAAUAUGCAUUGUACUUCGAGCUGGUGGUAUGCAUCUGGAAAUAAAUUGGGUUUAGCAGCAAAUUCAUCAAAUUUAAUUGGGAAUGUUUCCGCGAUACUCAGCGCUGCACUCACCGGUGUGCUUGAUGAUCUUGUAGGUGGAUUGCUAGGUGGUGUUCUGGAUCUAGUAGGCGAUUUACUCUGCGGUCUCCUAGGUUGUCCCGCAACAACGACGCCAGCGCCACCUAACUAUGCCAUUGUAAGGUAUGUGACCGUCUGUACCAAAGCACAGAAAUUGGUUCAACAGAAAUGUUUAACACCAACUAUACGAAGUGACAUGAGAUCUGGUGUAUUUUCGGACACGAAAACAACAUUAUACGCCGGCGUAUACGAAUCAAGUAACGCAACAAAUGGCGUGGCAUGUGCUAGUCGAUGUAUGACUCUGAACACCUGUGUAGACACUUGUAUUAUAGAUUUGACCGAUGCGACAACGUGUAUUCCAGCAAAUAAACCACCAUCGGUCAGUUCGAAAUUUGAUGUGGUAAACGCAGGUAAUAAUAUCGAUAAUUUUAUACAUUCCAACGAAGGCCCAAAAACAGCUAUGAGUAGUUGACGGAGGGCGAAUCGAUAAUGUUCAUUCUGAGACUAGUGAAUAAAUAAAAUAGUCAAACGGCGUGAAUGAAUCCUUUUUACUCGAUAAACUAUUAAAAACGUUUCCUACAUGGUUUUCAUAAAAUUUCUCUCUACAAACAUUUUUCGCUUUAACAGGCAAAACUAGUAAUAUCGGAGAAGAGAGUCUACAGAAAACUUUAUGCUGCUGUGUGGUAUCUAUUUUUAAAGUGACUGAUCUCACGGAUCUAAGUUAAUGUGCACAGACUUUCUAGAAGUAUAAUCAGUGCAGAAAAAUGUCGCAGUUAACAUGUCUUUCGCUGAACUCUUUAAGAGACAUUUUGCCACCACAUCAACCAUAGUGCCAAAAGUCUGCCAAGUGAAAUUUUUUGACCUAUAUAUUUUUUUCUAUGUUUGGAUUCUAUGAUCUAAACUGGGGUUAUGAAAAGAUUUUAAGGUCGUUUGGACUUGAUUUCGUCGAGUUAUAGAAUUUAUAAAAUUAGGUGUAUCAAAGAUUUUCAAAAAAGCGCCCUCCGUGAUUUUUUGCCUAUAACUUCGUCAAAUUUUAUCCGUUCUAUCCGAAUGACAUCUCAUUCCAAAGUCCA